AUGAAGCCAGCAGAGAUCAGAUUCUCUCUACAGAGACCUCUGCAACACAGAGAUCCAGACAUGGCACCUACAACCACUGCAGCAAUGACCAACUCUCAGGAACAUCUCACUCUGACACACAAGCUCAGAAAGCCUCUGGUGGAGAAGUUACGCAGAGAGCGAAUCAACAGCAGCAUUGAGCAGCUCAAGUCUCUCCUGGGUCCAGAGUUCCUCAAACAGCAGCCAGACUCCAAGCUGGAGAAAGCAGACAUCCUGGAGAUGACAGUUUACUUCCUGAGACGACUGCAGCAGCAGCAGCAACAGCAUCAAGCUGUGGACUCUGUUGAUCAGGGCUACUCCAGGUGUGUCCAACAGGUGGUGCACUUCCUGUCCAAGGAGGAGGUGAAGACUCAGUCCCAGAGAAGACUGAUGGACCACUUCAACAAGUCUUCCUCUGAGAAGAAGAACCUGAGAGAGGCUGACUUCUCUCCUCUGAGCUCCACAGUCCAGACCAGCAUCACCAAAGACAAGAGUCCAGUCAACAGCUUCCUCUGGAGGCCGUGGUAGACACCAAAGGACUUGUACAAAAGUGAUGCUCGGAAGUAAAAAUCUCUCAUAUACCAGUACCUGUACUAAGACGCUUGUUAGUGGUCAUCUCAUUUUGAAGAGUCAUUGCCUGCAUUACAAUAGUGCUUCCUUCAGACUGCCUUUUGUAAAGGUCAGAUUCUGUGUUUCUGUGAUAUUCACAGCCCUCUUACAGUAUUUCUGAUUCUGUUUUACUCUGUAAGGUAGAUGUUAUUUUUCUCAGUGUGAAAUCCCUCAAAUUGGUGGCAACGCUGAACGUGAUGUGUAUACAUAUUUCUCUAUUUAGGAGAGACAUUCAUUCAUGUCGAACACGUCUAAGAUUUUUCUGUGACAUUCACAAACCGUCUGGAUGUUUUCCCUCUGCGUUUUUAGCAGAUGAAGUUCGAGACCGAUGUGCUGCUUUAUAACUCUGUGAGUGACAGCGCCUAUGCCUUCAAUGAAGGACUUGUUGUUUGUAAAAUGUGUCAAGAUGAAUGUAUCUCUUCAAGCCAAGUGAUGCGCAUUAAAACAAUCACAAAAAACAACAAA